AUGUUUUUCUUCCAUCAAACCGCCAUUUUUCAUUUGCUGCGAUUUACUGGUUUUUUAUUCAGUUUUAUUAUUCUUAUGGAUGCCGAUCUAUCUCAUCAUCCCAAAUUCAUACCUGAAAUGAUCGAACUUCAGAAGAAAGAAAACCUAGAUAUCGUAACUGGUACGCGGUACGCUAUGUCUGGAGGGGUUUAUGGUUGGGAUAUUAAACGGAAAACUAUGAGCAAAGGAGCUAACUUCCUCGCCCAGUUCCUCCUCAAUCCUGGAGUUUCUGACUUGACGGGUUCGUUCAGACUAUAUAGAAAGGAAGUGCUCGCAUGUUUAAUAAGUGAAAGUGUCAGUAAAGGAUACGUGUUCCAGAUGGAAAUGAUGUUCCGUGCAAGUAAGAAAGGUUACAAAAUCGGUGAGGUCCCCAUAUCAUUUGUUGAUCGUUGUUUUGGUGAGUCUAAAUUAGGUAGCCAGGAGAUCAUCGGCUAUGUAAAGGGGCUUAUGUAUUUGUUUUUCUUCGUCAAUUAG